AUGGCCUCAUCUGAUCUGCUGUAUCCAAUAUUCUGGCUACCUUGGACACUGUCACACUGGCUUACCACCUCGCUUCUUAUCGGUGGUCGGCUUGGCCAGGCCUUUUGUAAGCUUGUCCCCUUCUUGACAGAAGUUUCCGUUAAGGUUUCGAUUCAGAAUCUGGUUCUUAUAGCAGUGGAUCGAUUUGGAGCCGUGGUGUUUCCACUCCGUUCGCCACUCAUCAGAUCCAAGCCGUGUCCCUUCUUCAUUCUUGCCACGUGGAUAGUUGCCGUAGCUAUCUCUUCGCCAGUCUUGUUCGCCCGAGAGCUCGUUGAAUCCCCAGAGGGAACCUUGUGUGUUUCUAAAUGGGAGAAAGUAUUCGGGGAGUCAACGUCCCUUGCCAGUUUGCUACUAGCUUACAUCAUUCUGUUUACAUACAUCCCUGUGCUGUUGCUAGUCAUUCUUUACUCCAUCAUUGUUAUCAAGCUCAAGAAACAGGUACACCCAGGUGAACAGUCCGCCAACAGUCAGCAACAGCGGGACAGAAGAAACCGAAACGUGCUUCAAAUGUCCAUUGCUAUCGUAACAGUGUUUGUGUUUUGCUGGUUACCUUUCUCUAUC